GAUUUAAAGUUUUUAAGGGUGACAAAGAAUUUGAAAGAGAAAUGCCCAUUCCAUUGGAACUAGACAAAACAAUUGAAGAAUCAAGAAUUUCAAUUGUUGUUUUCUCUAAAAGUUAUGCUUCUUCUAUCCAAUGUUUGGAUGAACUUGUGAAAAUUGUGAAAUGUAAAAACACAAUGGGACAAAUAGUCUUUCCCAUUUUCUAUGAUGUGGAGCCAUACGAGCCAAGAUAUCAAGAAGGAGUGUUUGAAGAAGCAUUUGCCGAUCAUAAAGAACGUUUUGAGAUAGAGAAAGUGGAAAUGUGGGUGAAGACUUUAAAAGAGGUGUCCAAUCUCUCUGGAUUUCCCUUGAAGGGCAGAUACAGAGCCGUCUUGCCCCUUCUUUAAUUUUUCACUUUCAUCUGGGUUUGCUACUGCCAUUCGCGAUCUCCUCCACUCUCCAGUCUGGUCCUCCUCUUCAUGUCCUCCAUUCGAGAUCUCAGAAGUCAGAUCUCCUUAAGCUUUCAGCUAAGCUUCAGCGAUUCAGCCUCGCGUCUUCACUCUUCAGUCUUCAAGUCUUCGGUCUGCAGUCUGCUCUACUCUGCUUCAGCGCUUCAUUCUUCAACUUCCAGUCUUCCAGUCUUCAACGUGAACUCUUCAAUCAUCACCAUUGCCAUUGCUGAUCUGCCGGAUUAGUCAUUUCAGCUCAGAUUUUGGACCCGUAUAUAACGACCCUAUAUGACCCGUAUCCGUUUUGAACCGACCCGAAACCAGACCACCCGCCCGUUUUGCCAGGUCUAAAUUGAGAACGAGAUCAGACACUAUUCCUUUUCUUCAGUUCACAGCGCAGAGGACCUUUUACUUUCUUUGACCCAUCGGUUCUGAGUUCAUCUUCAGAGUUCUGCAACACCUUCA